AAAGUACAUAGUUAUUUUUUUUUUUCUCUAAAAAAAUUACUGUUUUUUCAGUUAAAAGCCUUUUUUAGUUAAUAGCGGAACCAUGACCUUUUUUUUUCUUGAGAAUAGUUGGUGAAGUAAAAUAUAAACAAAGAAAAGGAAACGACUAACAUGUGUUAAAUAUUAUGUCUUGCAUGUUUUGCGUUGGUUGUUUGACUUAGUCUACUCUGAAUAUUUAGUUAGAAUUUCAGUCUUUACAUAUCUUUAUGACUUUAUGUAUUUAAACAGAAUUUAUAAAAAGUUUUUUUUAAUCGUGUUUAAAUAUUUAAUUUUCAUUGUUGACGUCGGCACGUAUCUUCAUAUAGCUCAUGCUAGCCACUCCAGGACCGAUACCCACCACCACCGGCGGACUCGCCCACCAUUUUCGCCGUUGGACCUAAGGCCCCAUCGCCUCCGUUUGACCCAGAUUCCAGCGACGCCAAUGAUGAUGGAUACGGACAAAAUAAAUUCAAAUUCAAAUUUAGUGGUUACGAAUUUAUAUUAGAAAAGCUGUCGCAAAUAUCUACAAAUUGCAGGAUGAAACAAAGAACGUGGUUACCAAAUUACCAAUCCAUCUCAAAUUUGAUAAUGUUUGCUGCAACCAGUCAUUUUACGAUGAGCACAUAUAUAGUUAUCGUUUGGGUUAUGUGACAAAACUUUAAAAAAAUUGCUAUUAAAUUUUCGGUAAUAACUACAGAAAAAUCUUUAUCUGUUGUUAUUUUUUUUCUUUUUGUAUCCUACUUGGUAAUAUGGUAUCCCCAAGAAAUUUAUCAUAAAUAGCAAUAAAAUUCUUUGAAUAAAACUACAUCAAAACUUAUUAUAAUCGUAACUCUAUUAUAAGAACAAUUCCAUCGGUUUGAACCCCACUUGGAUAUCUUAAAAGGUAAAAAUAGUAUUGUAAUAAAUUUUAUUUAAAUAAUUAAAUUGCCAUUUAAAAAAAUCUGAAAAAAAUAAAAAGAAGCUAUUUGGCAUUUGACUAUUAGAUAAGAUUCUUAAAAAUUUCUAUUAAGAACCGUUUUUUUUUACUUUUCCUUACUUCUUUUAAUUUUUUUAAUAUUUACAAUUAUAAUCUUUAGAUAUUUUGUGAAAGCUUCCCACUGUAGCUGCUUUAAUGUUCUUGUUAACCAUGAAGUUUUGAUAUUGGUCUAUAACCGCCAGCAAAAAUAAAUUUCUAUUAAAACUGUAAUGUGAUAAAGUGGAACAUGCAUGGAAAGGGUGAGAGUCUAAUUUGCAUUUGAUUACGGUCUUUGCGCUGAAUAGCUCCAUAGACUGCACUAUAAAUCAGCUGGAUUUGAUGUCUGUGGAAUAAUAAUGAUGGCAUAAAUAAUAGUUUUCUUUAACCAAGCCAAUUUUGUUUUGGGUUGACUUUAAUCUUUUGAAAAUUAUUCCAUCCUGAAAAGUAUUGAUCUUGUCGUUCUUCUAAGAAAUCGUAUAAUUAUUUUUAUUUUCUCCGAAAUCCUUUUUCAAAGUUUUUUGGAUUAAAUGUUAAAUAUCUUUUUUUUUUUUUUUGGUAAAACAUGUUCAAAGUUUUUUGAACAUAGUAUCCGGAAUGUUAAAUAUCUUAUUUUAAAGUUGGGCAAAUUAUAGCAUAUGCAAGAAAAUCAUUUCGGUGGAGUGAAUCAUCGUCACCUUAUGAAAACAUGAAAAGAGACUACAUACCAAUAUUCCUCAAUUUAGUUAAAUACAUUUAGAAAUUGGAUUUUUAGAACACUAAAAAAAAUUUUGGAUUUAUUUUUAAGAGAAUCCCUGAUAAAAAUUGAGUCUCUUAAUAUUUUUUUAUCAUUAAAUACUAAAUAUUAAAAAAAAAAAAGAGAAAAAAAUGAAAUUUUAAAAAAAAAUAUUUUUUUUUGGAUCUGAUCGUAAUGAGUUGUAACUGUAUAUUUUAUGUUGUAGAAUUUAAGUGAUAUCUAUUUUGUUGUAGGUAUUUUUUGUUGCUGUAAAUUAGUAAAACAUUAUUUGGUUUCGAAAUAAAGUUUUCUUUAGUAAAAAAUAAAAAUAAAGUUUUCUACAGCAAGAUUUUAUCUAUUGUUGAAUUUUAUUUUAUUUGUAUCCUACUUGGUAAUAUGGUAUCCCCAAGAAAUUCAUCAUAAAUAGAAAUAAAAUUCUUUGAAUAAAAUUACGUCAAAACUUAUUAUAAUCGUAACUCUAUUAUAAGAGCAAUCUCAUCGGUUUGAGCCCCACUUGAGUAUCUUAAAAGGUAAAAAAUAGUAUUGUAAUAAAUUCUAUUUAAGUAAAUUAAAUUGCCAUUUAAAAAAAUCUAAAAACAAUAGAAAGAAGCUAUUUGGAAUUUGACUUAUCUAUUCUUAAAAACUUCUAUUAAGAACCGUUUUUUACUUUUUCUUACUUCAUUUAAUUUUUUAAUAUUUAUAAUUAUAAUCUUUAGAUAUUUUGUGAAAGCUUCUCACUGGAGCUGCUUUAAUGUUCUUGUUAACCAUGAAGUUUUGAUAUUGGUCCAUAACCGCUAGCAAAAAUAAAUUUCUAUUAAAACUCCAAUGUGAUAAAGUGGAACAUGCAUGGAAAGGUGGAGAGUCUUGCUGAAUCGCCAGGAUAUCAUUCUAAUUUGCAUUUGAUCACGGUCUUUGCGCUGAAUAAGCUCCAUAGACUGCAACAAAAAUCAUCUGGAUUCGAUGUUUGUGGAAUAAUAAUGAUGGCGUAAAUAUUUUCUUUAAGAAAGCCAAUUUUGUUUUGGGUUGACUUUAAUCUUUUGAAAAUUAUUCCAUCCUGUCUUGUCGUUCUUCUAAGAAAUCGUAUAAUUAUUUUUGUUUUCUCCGAAAUCCUUUUUCAAAGUUUUUUUUGGAUUAAAUGUUAAAUAUCUUAUUUUAAAGUUGGGCAAAUUAUAGCAUAUGCAAGAAAAUCAUUUCGGUGGAGUGAAUCAUCGUCACCUUAUGAAAACAUGAAAAGAGACUACAUACCAAUAUUCCUCAAUUUCAUUAAAUACAUUAAAAUUUUGGAUUUUUUUGAACACAAAAAAAAUUUAGAUUUAUUUUUAAGAGAAUCCCUGAUAAAAAAUUGAGUCCCUUAAUAAUUGCUUUUCAUUAAAUACUAAAUAUUAUAAACAAAAAAAAAACAAAAAAAUGAAAUUAAAAAAAAAACUUUAUAUUUUCUGUUGUAGAAUUUAAGUGAUAUCUAUUUUGUUGUAUGUUUCUUUUGCAGGUGUAAAUUCGUAAAACACUAUUUUGUUUAGAAAUAAAGUUUUCUUUAGUAAAAAAUAAAAAUAAAGUUUUCUACGGUCUUAAAAUAAAAUAUUGCUGUAUAAAACUUUAUUUUUAUUUUUUACUAAAAAACUUUAUUUCUAAACAAAAUAGUGUUUGUUGUAAAAAAACAAAAACAAAAUAGUGUUUUAGGAAUUUACAGCAGCAAAGAAAUCUAUAACAAAAUAGAUAUCACUAAAUUCUUCACUAUCAUGUCGUUAAAAAAUUUCUAGCCUUUUAUCAUUUCUUAUUUUGUUUUGUGAUAUUAUUUAUUUAUAGAAAGGAUAGAAAAGUAUACGAAAAUGUUAUGUUACCGUAGUACACACAAGGGAAAAGGCAAUGUGAUGUUAUACGUUGCGCCAUAUUGUUACAUGUAUAUACACACACAUACACACAGUAUAUAUUCUUUUAUUAUACCAUCAUAUAAAAAUGUUAGUUCAAUAUUCUUACAAAAAAAAUGUUAGUUCAAUAUAAUUUGAAAUAUGUAAUUUAAACAUAUACAUGCUGCUUACUCGUAGAAUGAGCAAACCUCCGAGGUGGAUCUAGAAGAAGGAUUUCAAGAAACAAAUGCUACUUUCAAUGAACCUAAGACGAUCUGGGAUCAAGAUACGAAACAGGAUCGGAUGGCGCUAAAGUCACUACAUGUUACGCCGUCUUAGUUUUAUUUGCUUCUUUUUAAAAAACAAAUUACGCACUGUGGAUGAUAAAAUAGUUAGUCCACUAUUUGUAACGACUUCCAGUGUAACUAAAUAUCAGAAUAGAGAAGACCACCGAUCGAGCAUGAAUAAGAAACAUCCAAAGAAUAUUUGUCUAUUUGAUAUCUCACAAUUUCGAAGGCAUGCACUACGUUGCUUCCUCAUAUUUACUUUUUCUGACUGAUUUAUAUAGCAAUUACGCAGGCAUGACCAUCAUCAAUGACUAUUCUAAAAUAGACUCGAGAAGACUAACAUGUGACGAUAAGCUUGUUAAAAAACAUGUGACGAUAAUCUUGGGUUUCAUUAAAAAAGUUUUUGUCUUGCCUCUUUUUCGUAAUAGAUGAAGUUUUGGUUCUUUGCACACAUAUUAAAAAAUUACAUUUUAUAAAUAAAAUUUUUUUGAAAUAUAAUUUAAAACUAAUUUAUUUAAUUAUAAAAAGAAUAGUAAAAACAUAAUUGACUACACAGUUUUUGAUAAAGUUAAAGUUAUCUAAAUACGUGAAAACAUCAUCUACCGAGGCAUUGCGUACUUUCCACCUAACUCUUAUAUAGUGCUCAACAAACUCCGAAAAUAAAUCACAUGUAAAUAUUAAAAUAUGAGUCACACUAACGCUGGGGUUUGUCGUUUAGGAUCUCCAGUGAUAUAUAAAAAGUUUAUAUCACAUGGAGUAUUAAUUAAAAAUAUUAAGUUUUUAUCAAAUAAAAUAAUAAUAAGUCAAUGAAAGCCAACUGGUUCACUCGGUAAAGAUUAUUCAGUUCCAAAGUCUAAUAUCCCCACUCUUCACGUUCAAGCCCUAGCUUCCCCUCUCUCUAUAUAUAAGCUAUUCUAGCUACGGAUCUUUUCAAUUCUCAGACAACGAUAAGCCCUAAAUACUUUCUGCGUAUUCAUCAUAUUAGUUUUCUUAACUUGGCUAAGAGAAAUGGCAAUUAAGCUUGCACUUGUAGUCACACUUUUUCUAAUGUCAUGCGCUGUUUCAAAGGGAAGAUCCCUUGGAUUUUCGACCAAGCAACUUGAUCGUUAUAGUUUUCCUCCUAAUUUCAGUUUUGGUGUUGGUUCUUCAGCUUAUCAGUAUGAAGGUGCAGUCGCAGAAGGAGGGAGGACGCAGAGCAUUUGGGACAACUUCACACAUGCAUAUCCAGAAAGGACGAAUAUGGACAAUGGAGAUAUAGCCGUUGAUUUUUAUCAUCGAUAUAAGGAUGACAUCAAGUUGAUCAAGGAAAUGAAUAUGGAUACUUUUAGAUUUUCCAUCUCUUGGUCAAGAAUUUUACCAAGUGGAAAACUAAGCGAUGGGGUAAAUAACGAAGGAAUUCAAUUCUACAAAAAUCUCAUUGAUGAAAUCCUAAAAAACGGCAUAAAACCUUUUGUAACUAUCUAUCAUUGGGAUAUCCCUCAAGCUCUGGACGAUGAGUACGGUGGAUUUUUAAGCCCUCGAAUCAUUGAUGAUUUCCGGAACUUUGCAAGAGUCUGCUUUCAAGAAUUCGGUGACAAGGUCGAUAUGUGGAUAACGUUCAACGAGCCUUAUAUUUAUAGUGUUGCGGGUUAUGACAAGGGCAAUAAAGCAAUGGGACGAUGCUCAAAAUGGGUAAACAGCUUAUGUGUGGCUGGUGAUUCGAGCACCGAACCUUAUGUAGUCUCUCAUCAUCUUCUUCUAGCUCAUGCUGCAGCUGUUGAAGAGUUUAGAAAUUGUGACAAGAUCUCCCAAGAUGGUAAAAUAGGCAUAGUGUUAUCACCAUUUUGGGUCGAACCUUAUGAUGUUAAUUCCCAUGCUGAUAAAGAAGCAGUUGAACGAGCUCUUGACUACUACCUUGGUUGGCAUCUCGAUCCUCUAAUCUUUGGAGACUAUCCAAAAGCAAUUAAAAGAAACGCUGGAAAAAGAUUGCCUUCGUUCACCAGAAAACAGACUGAAAUGAUAAGAAACUCGUUUGAUUUUAUUGGAAUAAAUUACUACAGUGCUCGAUAUGUCACACGCCAGCUUCAGAGCGACCCUUCACGACUUCGUUUCACCACGGAUCAACAUGUGGAGUACAAAGUGACAAAUCGUGACGGCGACUACAUUUCCUCAGAAUCGGAUGAACUCAAAUUUAUCUAUGUAUAUCCUGAGGGCCUACGAAAGCUUCUAAAUCAUAUUAAAAAUAAAUACAACAACCCAACUAUCUACAUAACUGAAAAUGGAUAUGAUGACUACGAUGUUGGGACAGUCCCACGUGAACAACUAUUAAAAGACACAAAGAGAAUAGAGUACCACGAGAAACAUCUUCAAGAACUACAUAAAGCCAUUACUGAGGAUGGGUGUGACGUUAGAGGCUAUUCCGCAUGGUCGUUGUUGGAUAACUUCGAAUGGGAACAUGGAUACACGAUGAGAUUUGGUCUAUACUACGUUGAUUAUGCAGAUGAUCUAAAACGAUAUGCUAAAGAUUCAGCCAAGUGGUUCAAAAAGUUCCUGGAGAGAAAGGAGCAUGAAUCAAAGCAUGAGAAACAAACACCUUUGGAUCUGUUCAAUAGCAUCAAGAAAUGGUGGUCUGCUUUGCAGAUGGUCUAACUUCUCUGGAGAAUGAAUCAAAGCAUGAGAAACAAACAACUAGAGUCCUUGUUCUACAGGAAAUUAUAUAUAGAAAUUAGAUAUACAUGUUUGCAACGUACACAAUCAUUCUUUUAAAAAGUUAAUUUGUAAUAUUUGCAGCAGUGCUCCAGAAACAGUAAAUAUUGGAUGUCUGUAAUAUACUCAUAUAAUGAAAACCGGACCGUGUUUUUUAACUUCCAAAAGUAGUCUUUUCAAUUUUGAUAGUUUAAUCUUUUUUAUAUAGUUUUACUUUUAUCUAAUCAGCUAAAUUGGUUAUGUAUAUAAUCUAUAAGAAUCGUUCUUCUUGUGGAUAUUAUAUUUUGCAAAUAAGUUAUUUAGAUUAGUUAAGAGAAUAAGAGUAAUCGAACAGAAAAUUAAGACAAACAAGUAUAAAAUUUAUGUUCCAUACUAUACUAACUAAAAGCACAAAAGAGUAAUAGGUCAGAAAAUUCUCGAAAAGGAAAAAAAGUUAAGCAAAAAAUAUAUUGUUUAAAAAGAAAUAGAACAUGUGAGAAAAUAAAGUUAAAUAAAAAAAAUUGAACCAAAAUUUUUAUAAAAUGGAAAUAGCGCACAUAUCAUCUACGCGGCUUCGCCCAUAAAAUAAUAAUAGUAAUAAAAAUUAAUUAUUGGUUUAGAACUUAAAUAUAAUAAUAAUGGGCUUUAUUAAAUGUUAUCUCAAGUAUGAGCUUCAAUCAAAUGUGGGUUUCUUGAUUCCUUCCAGGGCCGCCCAUUUUUAUGUCUUGAACAUAUUUUAAGCCUGGCACAAUCGUGCAAGACUAUUAAACCAGUUCUCUAUAAGACGAGUAAUUUCAUAGAUUUUCAUAAAUAUCCAU